AUGAAUAUAAAUUUAACGUCUAAGACGGGCGUCAAUAUCGGUCAGAUAUUAAAUGAUAUAAUGGAAAAAUGGCAUAUCAAUUCUAAUCAAAUUCAUUUAAUUUUAAGGGACAAUGCUGCUAAUAUGAUUGUUGGAACUGGUAUGAUAGGAGAAAAUGUAGGAUGUAUUAUUCAUACUUUACAACUCGUGAUCCAUGAUUGCAUUUUUAAAAAUCAAAAAUUUGUUGAAAUUUUGGGAAAAUGUCGGAAAAUUGUUGGACAUUUUAGCCAUUCUGCACUCGCUUGUUCGAAACUCAAUAGCAUUCAGGAAAAUUUGAAGUUACCAAUUCAUAAAUUAAUUCAAUAUGUUACCACACGAUGGAAUUCUACAUUUUAUAUGUUGUCUAGGAUUUAUGAACAACGACAAGCAGUAAUUGCAUAUGCUGCAGAAAGAGAUAUACCAACCCUUACAGCCAUUCAAUGGAAUAUGGUAGAAAACGUUAUACGUGUUUUCCAACCAUUUGAAGAAAUUACUAAAAUAUUAAGUUCUGAUUGCGAGACAAUUGGAUAUAUUAUUCCAGCAGUUGUUACUUUACAUUCAUAUCUUUCAAAACGACAAAAAGAUGCUGGAAUAGUAAUGUUGAAGGAAGAGCUCAAGAAAGCAAUAGAAGAACGAUUUUUUAAUUCUAUAGGUAUCAAAGAUCGGAAAUGUUUUGUACUGGCUACUCUUUUAGAUCCAAGAUUUAAAACUAAGUUUUUGUCAGACGAAAAUAAAGCCAAAGAUUGGAUCAUUAAUGAAUUACUCGAAAUAAAUAAUACAAUCACCGAAAAUGAUGAAAACAAAACACCGAAACGUAAUGUCGGCCCUCUUCAAAAGCAAGACAUAAUCAGUGAAACACAUGACGACAUCUGGAAGUGCUUUGAUGACAUAGUGAACAAUUCAAAAUCGGAUACCGAUAAUAGCAGUUUUGAGGAUUCAUCAAGUCAAACAACUUUUACAAGACAACCCAGUGACAGAAGCAAAAAGAAAGCUGCAGUUUAUAAUGCAGAGUUAUCAAAAUACCUGAUGCUACCUCUGUCACCGAGAGAUGAGGAUCCCUUAACAUGGUGGAAGACUCAUAUUUUAGAAUACCCUAAUCUCAAAACUUUAGUUUUGAAAUACUUAAGCGCUCCACCAUCCUCCGUGCAUUCAGAAAGACUUUUCAGUGCAGGAAAAUUGGUUUAUUCCGAUAAUCGAAAUAGAUUGUCACCAGAAAACGCUGACAUGUUAUUAUUCAUCAUGAAAAAUUUAUUAAUAUUAAAUUUUGAUUAUGAUUAUGAUUGUGAUUUGUGAGUAAUG